AUGAGCGCCCUGCAGGAGCCACCCAAGGCCAUGCCUGUGGGCCCCAGCCCGCGCAAUUCCUCCGUCGCCCUGUUGCCAGAGCGCCGCACCACCGGCGACGGCGACGCCGCCAACGACGACGCAGCCGCGACCCCAAAGUCGGCCGGCAAGCGCCGCUUCUUCGGAUUGGGGCGAAAGAAGGACAGCGCCGAUAAGAAGGAGGACAAGCCCGUCAAGCAGCAGGACCAGGCGCCGCCGCGCACCCCAGCCGGCGUGCCUGCAAACGCGACUGCGCCGCCGUCGCAGUUGCAGACAACGCCUGCGCGCGCUGCCGUGCGUCCUAUUUCACCAAGGCAUUCGCCGCCCGUCGAUGCCCGCCAGGCCUUUGUCUGCACGCCUCAGGGCAGUCCGCGCGUCUAUGCUUCGUCCGCCGCGUCCCCUAGCAGGGGUUACAGAUCCUCCUCGCCGCGGCUCCACUCGCCGGCUUCAUCGCAAAUAUUCGAGCGCAAUGUGCAGGAGAACACCCUCCCGGGCGAACUUUCGCCCGCUAUACCCUCGCACAUCCAAACCGAGGAUCACAUCCCGCCGGUGCUGGAAGCUUCGGCCCAGGCCAUCACGGACGAUCACUUGAACCCGGAUGAGGUCGAGAUCGUAAUGCACGCUGCGCACCAGCCCGCAGCAUCCAGCAUCGCCGCGAGUUCCGGAUCCACCGAGGCUGUGUCGUCGCCGACGAUCGACGAGGUGGCCUCUAAGUCGGAAACGGAUGACGGGGCCGAUGGCUCAAACUACGGCUCCUUUGACAAGGAAGACGUGCGCCGUCUCUCCUUCAUCUCCUUCGCAGAUGUCGUGCAAGCAGAACACGCCGAGACCAGCCGCGACUCUAUCCACCACAUGUCUCUCUCAUCGACCGCAAAUCGUUCGCCGUCUCCUGUCCGGAGCCCCGCUUCUUCUCGCGGCGUCGGCACGAGCCCCCCAACCAGCGGUGCUCCCAGCAUGAAAGGAAUCGACGCGAAGGUACCACGUAUAGGCGGUGCGCCUGCAAGUCCGACUCUUUCUCAGGGUGCUUACAGCCCGCCGCUGAGCGGCGGUGAGCUCAUGGUCGAGACAAUGCGACAGGCAUUGAGGAAGACUGGCAGCGGUGACUUGAGCGGCGCGAGAAGCCCGAGCCAACCCAUGAGUGCUGCUAGUCUUGAGCCAGAAGGCUCAGAUCGACCGCCAUUCAGGUGA